AUGCCGCGGUUUCAAACGGGUGGCCUGCCGCCUCUAGGUCACAAACGAAUUUCGUGGUGGACGCGAAAGAUUCAACUGGUUGUCUCCGAGAAGAAGGCUACCUUCAAGAGAUGGCUUGGAAUCAAAGGGCCUUCCAAGUCGAAUGCGGAACGAAGAAUCGAGCAAGGUUAUGCCGAAAGAGUGACUCUCCUGAGAGCAUCAGGGAACGAAUAUUGGUUUUUUGAGAAGAUGAAGUAG